AUGGAAUUGAAACAAUUAUGUGAUCUAAAUCCUAAAAGUCUGUGGAAAAAAGCGAGUCAACCGAAUUUUGCAAGUCUUAUUUUAGAAGAAUAUUGUGGGAUCAUCAACGCACAAGUGUCAGGAACUUGGGAAGCUUUUGCGAAGCCAGAAAAUAAGGAAAAGAACCGAAACAACUUAGUUCCAUGUUGGGAUCACACUAGGGUUAAGCUAGCUGCCUAUGAAUCUGCAUCAGACUACAUUCACGCUAAUUAUGUUGACGGUUUUCAAGAUAAGAAGAAGUUCAUCUGUACUCAAGCACCGAAAACCAACACAUUGGUCGACUUCUAUCAGAUAGUCUGGAAUCAAAACAGCUGCAUCAUUAUCAUGCUGGUGAAUGUGACAUCCAGUUGCUGUCAGUAUUGGCUUUCAGAAGAAGAUGGCACUCUGCAAGUUGCACAGUACAUAAUCCGAACAUUGAAAAAGAAGACAUUCUCGAAUUACAUUGUGACAGAAUUAAGUGUCACUCAUGAAUUUAUUGAGCGUCAACGUAGAGUCUACCAUUUUUUGUACAUUGACUGGACGGAAGAUGGCAAUUUUAACGACGUGGGAAAAUUUUACAAGUUUGUGCUAACAAUCAACCAUAUGCGCAAGGUUGUACAAACAAAGAUGUUGAGUUGCUGUGAAAUAAUAGGACCUAUCAUUGUGCACUGUUGCACGGAAAUCGGAACAGCUGGAGUUUUUUGUGUGAUUGACUACGCCCUUCAUCAAUUGAAAAAAAGUGCAAAAAUAUCUUUACCAAAGAUCUUGAUAGGCAUCCGACAGCAAAGGCAUUCAAGUGUUGUUAUUCUAGAUCAAUACUUGUUUUGUUACCGUGUGGUGCUACAUUUUUUGGCAGAAACAAAUAAUCGACUGCGUGACAAAGAGAAAAUGGGUCUUCUGAGAACUUCGUAA